AUGAACUCCAUUCUGGAUGCAGCCAGAGAAUUGUGCGCUGAAUAUUUGGGCGGAGCUUGGUCUACGAUCGACAAUACGCAAAUCGUACUGAAGAAGUUGAGUGGUGGUUUGACAAAUCUGGUGUUCCUCUGCGAACUUUCACCAGAUGUGGUCACCCUUAUGUGUGAACCAAGAUCAGUUUUACUUCGUAUUCAAACUCAAUCGGACAGCUUGCAGUUGAUGAGGGAAAUCGCUGUAUUCAUAAGUCUGAGUGCGCAUGGUUAUGGACCACCGAAUCUUCUCGCGUGUUCCCUGUGGUCGAUGAAGAGUUAUCCAACGUCGAACUCCUCACAAAGGAGGAGUAUAUUAGGUGAAAGUAACAACACCUGCAUGUUAAUCGAUCAACCAUCAUUUCUUAUCUUCAAUCAG